GAGUUGUAGUUUAGUCCCACCUUGGCCCCUCCCUCCCUCCCUCCCUCCCACCAUCUCCACCCCCGCUCUGGGCUCACGCCCUGGAUAAGGACGGUGCGGGGGCGGUUGUCUGAUGACAAUUUCAUUCUCGUUUUGUCAUUUUUCUCAUUUAGCUCAUUUUUGUCAUUUUAGUCCAUUGUUAGGCAUGCUCAAGGACAACUCCUCCGGAGAGCGGUCGUGGCGGAGGAGGGGCCGGGAGCGUGCGUUAACCCGGAAGAAGUGAACCAGGAAGUGAACGUGAUCGCGGGUACUCACAGUUCUUUCCUGAUCUUCCCCGCCGCCUCCUGUAUUGCCUCUUUAUGGAAUCACUCCAUAUACUGAGUUACACAGCAUGAUUUGCCCGUGCUGCUGCCCCGCGGGCUGUAGCUUCUGACCUGCCUACACUCAGAACUUUCCCCAAAGCAUCAGAGUAAUACUGUUAACUGUGAUGGGUAAUGGAGAAGUCGUGCUGUUCUCAGCGUGUUGCUUUGUCGCCCACGCUGGAGUGCAGUGGUGCGAUCUCAGUUCACUGCAACCUCCACUUCCCAGGUUCAAGCGAUUAUCCUGCCUCAGCUUCCCGAGCAGCUAGGACUACAGAUGCUGAGAUGAAUCGUCACCUGUGUGUUUGGCUUUUUAGACAUCCAUCUCUUAAUGGUUACCUCCAGUGUCACAUCCAGCUCCAUUCUCAUCAAUUUAGACAGAUACAUCUUGAUACAAGGCUGCAAGUUUUUAGACAAAACAGGAAUUGCAUUCUUCAUCUGUUAAGUAAGAAUUGGUCCAGGAGAUAUUGCCAUCAAGACACCAAGAUGCUCUGGAAGCAUAAAGCACUACAGAAAUAUAUGGAGAACCUGAGUAAGGAGUACCAAACACUUGAGCAAUGUCUGCAGCAUAUCCCUGUGAAUGAAGAAAACCGAAGGUCCUUGAACAGAAGGCAUGCUGAGUUGGCACCUCUUGCAGCCAUUUACCAAGAAAUUCAGGAGACUGAACAAGCAAUUGAAGAAUUAGAAUCAAUGUGUAAAAGCCUAAAUAAACAAGAUGAAAAGCAGUUACAAGAACUUGCACUGGAAGAAAGGCAAACCAUUGAUCAAAAAAUCAACAUGUUGUACAAUGAGCUUUUCCAGAGCCUUGUGCCAAAGGAGAAAUAUGACAAAAAUGAUGUUAUUUUAGAGGUGACAGCUGGAAGGACUACUGGAGGUGACAUCUGCCAACAAUUUACCCGAGAAAUAUUUGACAUGUACCAGAAUUAUUCGUGCUAUAAACACUGGCAAUUUGAACUUCUGAAUUAUACACCAGCAGAUUAUGGUGGACUACAUCAUGCAGCCGCCCGAAUUUCCGGUGACGGUGUCUAUAAGCAUUUGAAGUAUGAGGGUGGGAUUCACCGAGUUCAGCGCAUCCCCGAGGUGGGCCUGUCCUCAAGGAUGCAGCGCAUUCACACAGGAACGAUGUCGGUUAUUGUCCUUCCUCAGCCAGAUGAGGUGGAUGUGAAAUUGGACCCCAAGGAUUUGCGAAUAGAUACAUUUCGAGCCAAAGGAGCAGGAGGGCAGCAUGUUAAUAAAACUGAUAGUGCCGUCAGACUUGUCCACAUCCCCACAGGGCUAGUAGUAGAAUGCCAACAAGAAAGAUCACAGAUAAAAAAUAAAGAAAUAGCCUUUCGUGUGUUGAGAGCUAGACUCUACCAGCAGAUUAUUGAGAAAGACAAGCGUCAGCAACAAAGUGCUAGAAAACUGCAGGUGGGAACAAGAGCCCAGUCAGAGCGAAUUCGGACAUAUAAUUUCACCCAGGAUAGAGUCAGUGACCACAGGAUAGCAUAUGAAGUUCGUGAUAUUAAGGAAUUUUUAUGUGGUGGGAAGGGCCUGGAUCAGCUAAUUCAGAGACUGCUUCAAUCAGCAGAUGAAGAAGCCAUUGCUGAACUUUUGGAUGAACACCUUAAAUCAGCAAAAUAAAUACUAACUUACUAUUAUUUAUGAUUGUAUAAAUGAAAUGGACCUAUAUCAAGAGGCAGACUGAAGCUUGGAAAUCAUUAUGAAUAUUUGUAAAUUACAGCUUUAAGAACACAUUACACAUAAAUAUAUGUUUUGUAAUUAAUCGAAGUCACAUUUCCUGACCUAAGGAUUUAUUUUAGGUUUCCUGUAAAGUACAAUCCAACUCAUCAAGUAGAAAAUAAGCAUAGAUCAUUGAAAAGAGAAAGUAUUGAGAAUUGAUUGUGUCAUUUAGGACAAGUCACUUGUUCUCUUUAUAUGCCUUUUUUCCCCAGCCAUCUAUGAAUUAAUUUAAAUGUAUUUUUAAUCUACUACUUCAGGAAAAUAUGGUAAAAUUUAGUAAAAUAUGAAUUUUAGACUUACUUAUAAGCCUUUUAUUUAAAGACAAAGUACCUUGGCCUAUAGUGGAUGCUUAUGCCUGUAAUCCCAGUGCUUUGAAGGGCCAAAGGGGGAAGAUCUCUUGAGGUAAGAAUUUGAGACCAGCCUGGGCAAAAUAGACCCCAUGUCUACAAAAAAACUCAAAACAUAAAGAAAAACCAUAAUACUGUUAAUCAUGUUAAAGUUAAGACUUAGACUGCAACUUUUAAAUAAAAAUUAUGAAGAAUAUGAGUCAUUCAAUAACAAUGAGCAUCUAGGUACAGACAGUAAAGCCCUUUGAUUGCUGUAUGAAUUCCACACUAUAUAAACAAUAAGCUGAUAUUUUAAAUAGACUCUCUGUUUGACUUCUA